AUGAAGGUGGCUACGUUGCAAUUUUCUCCAACCCUAGGCGAUGUAGAAGGCAAUAUCAAACGUGCCGAUGUCAUCCUAGACGAAGCCAGUGGUCGUAUAAUAGAGGGACUUGACCUUUUAGUUUUGCCUGAGAUGAUAUUUAGUGGUUAUAAUUUCUCUUCCCUAAGGACUAUCAGCCCAUAUCUCGAACCAACAGCUGCUGGUCGAUCUUCAGCCUGGGCUCGUUCGACAGCACGUCAUCUGGGCUGUGUGGUUUGCGUUGGAUACCCUGAGAUAUGUACCACACAAUCGGCCCAUGUAGAAAAUCAAGAUUAUAUCCAAGAAGGUGCAAAGCGAUUCAAUUCCUUACUUAUCGUUGAUGAUUCAGGCAACGUUUUACUUAACUAUCAAAAGAGGUUCCUUUACUAUACAGAUAACUCCUGGGCGUUGGAAGGAGAGAAUGGGAAAGGAUUCCUUUUUCUUCCAGGAUCUACCCAAGGGAGUUCCCAGAGGGAAUAUAUUCCUGCUGCGGUUGGCAUAUGCAUGGACAUAAAUCCUUACAAAUUCAUUGCUCCGUAUUCAGCUUACGAGUUUGCCACACAUGUACUGGACAGCGGAGCGAAGAUUGUUAUUCUUUCUAUGGCCUGGCUUACCUUGCUACCCGCUGAGGAGCUAUUCAGCCGGGCCGGGGUACCCGAUACUGAUACCUUUCAGUACUGGAUCCAGCGGUUCUGGCCGCUAUUCACAAAGGAUGACUGGGACGGCGAGGAUAUUAUUGUGAUUAUUGCAAAUCGCACUGGAGAAGAAGCAGGCUUAGAGGGUAAAGAUACGGCAAGAUACGCAGGGACAAGCUGUGUGAUCGGCAUUCGAAGAGUAGCAAAAGCAGACACCCAUGGGGAUGAAAAAGCAAAGGAAGGAGGAAGGUAUUUCGAUACUGAAAUUGUGCUCUGGGGGUGGCUCGGGCGGGCAGAGGAAGGUCUUUGUUUUGUAGAUACAGAUAAACCCCCCAAGGCAGUCUUCAGAGUCAUCAGAAACCCAGAACAAUAA